AUGGGGGACGGAUACAGAGAGUCCCGCUACCGGGACCGCGAUGGCAGCGAGUCGGGCGAGGAGCGAUACAGAACCACAAAGGUCCGUCGCUAUAAGAUCAAGCCUGGCCGUGACGACCACUACGAGAGCUUCGAGGUUGAUGACGAGCCCCGGUCCCGCUACUCUGGCCUACCCGUCCGAACUCGAGAUGACUACUACGACUUUGACCGUCGCCCGGAGCGCCCGCGUUCAGAGUAUAUCCCACGGUCGGAGCAUCCUGACGACCGCCGUAGCGCCUACUACGAGCCUGAGAAGGACUUUCACAAAGACGCAGACCCAGGCCGUAUCACCGUCUGGGAACCCAAGGAGAGCGACGUAGAUUUCGAUCGCCGGUCUCGCUAUAGCCGACACGACGAUGAGAUUCGCGUCGAGAAGGAAUACGAAGGCCGAUACAAGGAUUCUCACGGUCACGAUGUUGACCGAAUCCAAAAGGAAACUGAAUAUUAUAUCCGACCCAGCCCCCCACCUUCCCCAGUCAUAGUCCGCCAGCGAGCUGAGCCCCAAAAGAUCAUAUUCCAGGAAGCCCCUCCCCCAGCACCCAUUGUCAUACCCCGCCAAGAGUCCAACAUCGUGAUGCUGAGGGAAAAGGAGCCUGCCCGUGAGAUGGUCCGGAGGGAAAAGGAGCCCGCUCGGGAGAUGGUCCGGAGGGAGCGGGAUAGGCCCGAGGAGGAGUACUACUACCGCCAUGAAGAGUAUGAUGGCCCUUACCGUAGCAGAUCCGACCUCGACCGGGAGCGAGAUUACGCUCUAGCGCGGAUGGACCACCACCGCCAUCAUCACGACAGCUACAGUGACGACGAAGACUACUAUGUCCACCACCGACGAAUUGUCCGGAAGGAACGUAGCGAAAGCCCGCAUCGCAAGCGCAUAAUGGCUGCCGGUGCCCUUGCCGGCGCUGGUGUUACUGCUCUGCUCUCUAGUCGUCGCGACGAGAACGGCGACCUGCCUGAGCACCGCCGCCGAAAGGUUCUCGCUGGUUCGGCCCUUGGUGCUAUUGGAACUGAGGCCCUUAGGAGGGCUUACAGUGCCCAUGAGGAAAAGCACGGAGGCUCUCCAGAUAGCCACUCGACUCUUAAGAAGGCUCUUGGCGUCGCUGCCGUCGGUCUUGCUGCCGCCGGAGCGGCCAAGUAUAUGCAGGCCAACAAGGUCGAGAAGGAAGAGUCCAGUCGUGGACGCAGCCGAAGACGCUCGCACUCAGUCGCCACUUCUCGCUUCGGCUCAGGAUCGCGGGCUGGAUCUCGUAGCCGGAGGCGAAGCGUUUCAGUCGCCAAGGCCGCCUUAGGCACUGCCGCAACGGCCGGCCUCAUCAAGAAGCUUCGAAGCAGGUCGCGGAGAAAGAGCGGGGACAGGAGCAGGAGCAAGUCCAAGAUUCGCCAUCUGGCUGAGAUCGGUGGUGCUGCCACCGCUGCUGGUGUCGCUGCAAAGCUUUGGGACAAGCGCGCUGAAAAGAAAAACAAGGAAGAUGAUGAGCGUGAGCUAAGCAGGGAGCGUGAGAGAAGUCGACGGCAUUCUACUAGGGGCCGGAGCAGGGAUCGAAGCUGGAGCCGCAGCCCGAGCCGUGGUCCAAGCCGUGCCUCUAGCCGUGCUCCUAGCAGGAGCAGGUCAAGAGCUCCCUCAGCCCGCAAUCGCUCUCCUGGUUCCGAGGUUGGUUUGAUCGAGUAUGGACAUGAUCCCCUCGGCCCUCCCCCUUCCAAGGCUGCACACGGAUACGAAUCUGAAGCCGAGGAGAGGCGACGUCGACAAAGGAGGUCGCGUGGUCGUUCUCACUCGUCUGAUGAAGGUGAGGCAAGGGACAGACAUGCCCGUAGUAAGAGCCGUUUGCGCGACAUGGCCGCAGGAGGGGCUGCUGCGCUCGGAAUCAAGGAGUUCAGAAGCCAAAAGGAAGAGGAGGACCUGGAUAGGAGGUCCCGAGAACGGCAGGCGAGAGAAGAAAUGCGACAACGUGACCGAAUGGAAGGACGGGAUCGCUCGAGGUCAAGGUCCAGAGGAGGCCCGAGAGGCCCUGACUACUUCGGCGAUUACAAUGGCCGCACAUCGCCACCAACCGCAUCUGGAGGUGCCUACUAUCCACCAUACCCUUCCACCCCUGGUGGCGAGGAAGGUCCCGGUGGUUACGGCAAUCCUGCCAUGCCAGAGGCUAAUCUGUACCACAACAACCGAUACGUCCCUCAGGACUACACCGGUUAUGUCCCACCAAGAACUCCGGGUGAGAACGUGGGCAUGGGAAUUCAUGGAGGCGCGGGGCUCCCGCCUGCUCCUCCAGCCGGCCCUCCCCCACGUCCCCGCUCCUCAACGGGCAAUUACCCCCCAGAGCAUUCUGUGGUGUUUGGUCCUCUCUCUCCAAGAAGCUCGGUAACAAUGGAACGACACCGGAGGGGAUUUUUUGAUGAAAACAAGGAUAUGAAGCGACCGGCCCCUCUCUUACUUGAAAACGGACCUUCAGACUCUCCUGACACCCCUGAUUAUCCUGAGAAACCAAAAGAUGACCGCUCUGGCCGAGACUCGUCGUCAGAGCGACGCAUUGUCCGUAUUCGGCCUCAAGACCUCCUCGCUGGCUCUCAAGACAGGGUCCGUCAACGUCGCGAUGAGAGCAACGACCGCAAGAAGCGCGAUGAGGGUGAUGACCGCGAUAAUCAUAAUAAGCGUGGCGAACGUGAGGAGCGAGAGCCUUCGUCGGAACGGCGCAUCGUCCGCAGACCGUCCAGGAAAUCACGAUCUCCCGCGUCAGAAUCGGACGAUGAUAUUGAGGUCCUUCCCGACCGCUUUGACGAUAGUGGCUCUCCCGUAAGCGAACACAGACCUCGCCGCUCACACCACCGGAGCAGCCGCAGCGCCGACUACCAUCACAGGAGUCGCCACCCUGACGACCAGGAGAGGCGAGGUUCAUGGCAGUUUGGCGGGGCUGACCCCCAGCUGAUGGACACCGUGGUCCGGGGCGUUACGAGCGUCAUGGAGGGCAAGAAGAACUGGGUGUCUCUACUAGGGGACGUACUGGGCAGCGGUGUAAUCGGAGGUCUUGGCGCUCAAGCGUUGCAGGAGGAAGACGAUCACGAUCGCAGGCGGCAUCGACAUAGAUAA